AUGACAUGGGUAACACUCAUCAAGUUUAAGCAUGAGGUGUUUGUUGAGUUUCAGAAGUUCAAGGUGAAGGCUGAAAAACAGAGUGGUCAGAAGCUGAAAGUUCUCAGAACUAAUGGUGGAGGGAGUGGUUCAGUUGAGAUAACCAAGUUCAAAAAGGUGUUGAUGAAUGAGUUUAAGAUGUCUGAUUUAAGAAAUAAGGUUUAUUUUUUAGGGAUGGCGAUUAUGUACUCUGAUAUGGGUAUAAUUUUGCAUCAGCUGAAGUAUGAACUUAAGCUUUUGAAGAGAUUUGAACUGAUUAAUUACAAGUCUGCAAUCACACCUACUAAAACAAAUCACAAACUGGAUUUUGAUGUUGAGGGUGAUGAUGUAGAUGCUAUAACUUUUAAACAGUUGGUAGACUCAUUGAGAUAUCUUUGUAACACCAUAUCUGAUAACUGCUAUGCAAUUGAAAUGAUGAGUAUGCUUAUGAACAAACCAAAGUGGUCACAUUAUCAAGUUGUUGUCAUGAUACUUAGGUAUAUUAAGGGGACUAUGAGGCUAUGGAGUUUUGUUCCCUUCUAG